AUGACAGAAAAAAAAAUUGAAGAUGUUGACAAUCGAUCAAGUCCUUUAAAUAUCUUAAACGUAAAUCAGUUAGUAGUGAACCAAAAUAUUGAAGUUCUGGAAGUCUUCACUUGUUUUGAAACUAGUAACAAAUAUGAUAUCAUGAACAAGCACCAAGAGAGAAUCUAUUUUGCAGAAGAGAAAAGCAAUUGUUUCUUCAGACACGUUUGUGGAUAUUUGAGGCCUUUUACCAUAACAAUUUAUGAUAAUGUAGGCCGAGAUGUAAUUAUUCUGCAUAGAUCUCUAAGAUGGAGUUUUGCAUGGACUUUUUGUUGUAUUUUUAAAAUCAAAGUUGAGGCUCCACCUGGUAACACAAUUGGAUAUAUUUAUCAAUCCUGUCACCCAUUUUUGCCAAAGUUUAAAAUAAAAAAUGAGGAUAAAGAGGAUGUAAUGAAAAUCAGAGGGCCAUGCAUGCUCUGCAAAUGUUUCAAGAAUGUAAAUUUUAAUUUAUUAUCUCUGGAUGAAGAAAUACUUAUUGGAAAGAUUUCAAAAAAAUGGGCUGGAUUUAUGACUGAAGUAUUUACAGAUGCUAACAAAUUUAAGAUCAAGUUUCCAUAUGACCUUGAUGUUAAAAUGAAAGCAGUGCUGCUUGGAGCAUGUUUACUUAUUUCCUCAGCUCUUAACUCACAUCAUGGAUUCGGUAUUCACAUUGCAAAGGAAGCAAGCACUAGAGUGUCCUGGAAACAUAGUGAAUUCAAGAUCCUUUGUCUUGAUGAAAAUUCAGGCACUGUCAUUGAAAAUAGGGGGAAAAAAUGGCUUAUUCAAUGUGACUUCCUGUAA